AUGUCCGGAGAAAAGAUCUACGAGGGUGUCUUCGCGGUCCACAAGCCCCAAGGGGUCAGCUCCGCCGAUGUCGUCCGCCACCUGCAGCGCAACUUCAACCGAUCGAAACUAUUCGAGCCCUGGCUCGAGACCGAGCGAGCCCGACGCGAACGCGAGAGCCAGUUCCAGCGCCGCCGCCGUCGCCAGCAGGCGCUGGACGUCAAGAUCGGCCACGGCGGCACCCUCGACCCCAUGGCGACGGGCGUGCUGGUGGCGGGAGUCGGCAAGGGGACGAAGUUCCUGAACAGCUUCCUGGGAUGCACGAAGUCGUAUGAGACGGUGGUGCUGUUCGGAGCUGAGACCGAUACCUACGACCGGUUGGGGAAGAUUGUGCGCCGCGGGCCCUACGAGCAUAUUACGCGCGAGGCGGUGGAGAAGGCGCUCGAGCAGUUCAGAGGCAAGAUCAUGCAGCGGCCGCCGAUUUUCUCGGCGCUGAAGGUGAAUGGCAAGCCGAUGUAUAAGUAUGCGCGGGAGGGCAAGGAGAUUCCGAUUGAGAUCCAGGACCGGCCGGUCGAGGUGACGGAUAUGCGCAUGGUGGAGUGGUACGAGCCCGGCACGCAUGAGUACCAGUGGCCCGAGGUGGAGGCGGAGGGCGAGGAGAAGGAGGUUGCCGAGAAGCUGCUGGCGCGGGACGCCACCGUGUCGGUGGUCUCGGAGGCAGAGGGCGCCGCAUCGAAUGAGCAGCCAGAGGCAUCGUCGACGAAACGCAAGUCCCCGCCGCCCGCCGAAAGUGCCGAAGAAGGCGCCGCCGAUGAUGCAGCCACCCCGGCCGAAGCCCCCACGUCGAAGAAGCAGAAGGUCUCCGCUGAGGGUGAUGAGGCUGCCGCCGAGCAGCCUGCCAGCCCGUCGCAAACGAAUGAGAAACCCGCCCAACCGCAGCCGGCCGCCGUGAAGAUCGUCAUGACCGUCACCUCGGGCUUCUACGUUCGCACGUUUGCCCACGACCUGGGCAAGGCCGUCGGGAGCUGCGGUCUCAUGAGCUCUCUGAUCCGCACUCGCCAGGCCGACUUUGAGCUUGAACCUGAGAAGGUCCUGGAGUACCAGGACCUUGAGGCCGGUGAGGAAGUCUGGGGGCCCAAGGUGAAGGGCUUCCUUGACCAGUGGGAGAAGAAGAGGGCGGCCGAGGAGAGCGGCAACUGA